AUGAGGACUGUAUUGUCCUCUAAUGAAUCUGUGAUAUCUUAUAUUUGUGAUGCAAAUUCCAUAGUUGAUGACUGCUGGAAAUCAACUCACAGCAUUGUAAACAUGACUAACUUCAACAGGGAUGAAAUGUGGAAUGAAUUAGAAGAACGGGGAUAUUGUGUAGUACCGAAUGUCCUCAGCAUUGAACAAUGUGACCAGUAUAUUACAGAGUUAAAAGAUUGGGCAGCCAACCAAAACGGUUUAGAUUUUACCCACAAAUCUUCCUUAAUGAGUCUGCCAAGAGUUGGUCAUCUUGAAACAAUAUGGAAAAUUCGUCUGCAAGCAAAACAAGUUUUUGCAGCUCUUUGGGGAACGGAUAAACUGGUUUCCAGUGUUGAUAAAAUUUCAAUGGUGCCUCCACCAGAAGAGGGUACUGGAGAUUUUGAUUCAGGGUAUAUUUGGCUACAUGUGGAUCGAGAUGGUCGUAGACGAGGUUUACAUGCUGUUCAAAGCGGUAUUUAUUUGGAAGAAACGUCCCUGACUGACCAGUGUCUUCGAGUAAUGGAAGGUUCUGUUAAAUUCACAGAUGAAUUAUUUUCAACCCAUCCUCAAGCAUGUGAAAAAAGUAAGGGAAAAGAUCAUUAUAGACUAUCAAAUUCCGAAAUCGAAUGGUAUAAAUCUAAAGGGUGUGUCAUUAAGAAAAUUCCAGUACCAAAAGGUUCCAUGAUUUUAUGGGAUUCGAGAAUCGUUCACGAUAACGUUAAAGCAACUUUUGGUCGUCCGAAUUCAGAUCGUUGGCGGUUUGUUGUAUUCGCUUGUAUGAUGCCGGCUCAGUGGUUGAGUGAGGAAGAUUUACAGAUUAAAAAGUAUGCAUAUGAAAAUAUGUUGCUCACUUAUAUGCCAUGUCUGAGUGCAGGAAUCCAUAAAAAAGAUCCUAGUUUGCCAGAGGAUUUGUACGCCAUCGAGGAACUUCCAGAAAUAGCCAAAUCAAAAGAUGCCAGGCAGCUUGUUGGGAUAGAAAAAUAUGACUUCAACGACGGAAAGCCAAAUGGACCAAAAGAAUUACCAAAAUGGAUACCAGAGUAG